GCAGGCGCGCGCGCGGGAAAUUUGAUUGAGAAGGAAGAUGGCGAAAGAACCGGAAUCUAACGUCGCUGAACGCUUUGCAAAUUUGGGAAUUGAACUCUUAGAUGAAGGAUGGGUGAACGCAGUAUGGGAGAGCGACUUCACAGAGAACCCCGAGCUUCCAGAGGGUGUCAAAGGUCAGUGGGCCAACCAGCGUGAAGUCCUAAGGUCAUUGAAAGACGCCAUUGACUGCUCGACACCGUGGGCCAGGGUGGACUUUGCCACACUUCCACAAGGGUUUUGGAACAUCCUCUGUGAAAAUGGAAUCGUACCCAGGUCUUUGCUGGCUGGACUGCACCAUUUUAUGAAUAGGGUGGACAGCCUCCUUUCAUCGGCAGUGGAAAGAGAGAUUGCAAUAUCGGCUGCUCAUCUGUAUAUCCUCCUUCUCGAGAUACCAGGAAGCGGAGCAUACCGUGUCCAGCAGCCGAUGCUCUUUGAGGAAGCCCUGGACACCUUCAAGCUCUGGCCGAAGACGGAGAGCAACAAGCGGAAGCGCCCCGAGUCCAAAGGCCAUCGGAGCUCCCAGCCACAGGGGGGUAAGAAGUCCCGUCGCAUCACCUCCAGCCAGACCGCAUCCCAGAAGGCUCAUGAUGCCGGCAACGAUGAGGAGGAGGAUAUGGAGGAGGAUGAGGAGGUGGUUUCCUUGACAACGCAGGAAGUGGAUCGCAUCCACCGGGCUAUCUACCAUGCUAUCAGGGAGGUUGUCUUCUUGCUCAGGAACGUGCCGCUGAAGAGUUCUGAAGAGAUCAUCGAGCACGUCAUGCAAUGUCUGGCCGAGGUCAGUCGCGUCCCCACGGAGCAGGGCUGGGAGUCCCACUUUGGAAACAAGAGUUCUUUGGAGGAUGUUUACAGUAUCAGCCAUCUUGCCUAUCUCGGUCUGGAGGCACUCUGCACAGGUUCUCAUGGGGAAUCCUCUCACAUGCUACGACAGGUUUUCAAGCAUCUACUUCCAAACAUCUUGAUGCUGAUUGGUGAGAAUCAAGCCGUUGCCUCGACGUCCAUACCAAAACACAUCCAACAGAUGAAAGACCAUGCCGAGGCUUUCGCCAGCCAUUUGUAUAAGGACAUUGGGGAGAAAUCCUUGCCAUGCUUGAGGGUUCUAAUGCAGCACAUGUGUGUCAAGGUGCCGGAUAAGGUCGAGUAUCGGACGCGAGUCUCACACACCAUCGCUCGCAUCCUUGCUGGUGUUCCGGCCGAAAUGGAAGCCAGCUUCGUCAAGUGGCUCUUCCUUUACUCCAAAAAUGCCAAGAUCAGCUAUCGUGUCUUUGCUCUUGAAGUAGUCGGUGCCCUUCUUGAGAGGCCAGAGAGACAAUCAUCUGGCGAGGGCAACCAGGAGCAGUUUUUAUCUCAUCGUUUCUUACUUGACAUCAUGGUGUCCCGCUGCUCUGAUAAGGCACCUACUGUUCGAGCCAAGGCGCUUAGCUGUCUUGCCCAGUUUACUGCCCUCGCUGGUAACCAAGCGUCCAACCCCCUGUCGGAUAUUCUAGCUGCCCCUACGGCCAAGACUGGGGCUACCCCGGUGCUUGUUCUUGAGGAUGCAAUCAAGGAAGCUGCUGCAGGAUCUACCAAUGGCAACGCGGCUGCAGGACAUGCUGGGACUGACGCAAUGGAUUGUGGGUCGACGGUGAACGAUGGGGGUUCUGGAGAGGUCACGGAAGAAUCUGUGAAGGAAAAAGGUCCCUCAGAGCCUAAGAAGGGUGCCACCCCUGGGAACCUAAUGGGAGGGUCCCCUGCUCUGUUGUUCGGAGAUGAGAGUGCAGCAGGUUUUGUUGGUAGCAGUGGGCUGUUGAAUUGCUUGAAGGAAAGGAUCUGCGAUGAUAAAGUCGGAGUCCGCAAAGCUGCUCUACAGGCGCUUGAGAAUAUCUUCAAGCUCCAGUGUAUGGCCUUUGACCUUCAGCUGUUGGAGAUCCUCCGGGAGCGUUGCCGUGAUACCGCCCUCUCUGUCCGUAAGCAGGCACUAGACUCGCUCACCAGUCUCCUCAAAGAAAGCCCAACUGACGAAAGGGUCCAAAGGGUAUGGCUUCAGGGUGUCCUGCCUACAGUGUCCGACCGAGAGUCGUCAGCCUCUGAGAAAUGCUUGCAGCUCCUUCAAGAUCUCGUUCUGGAUGGUGUAUGCAGGAAAGGUGUCACCGAGACCAAGAAACGGCUGGCGUGGAGUCUACUCUGUCAACUCAUGGAACCUGACCUCUGUGACCUCAGGGUGUAUUUCCAGCGAGUAUGUCGUCUGUGGGCGAGGCAGAAGUUACUCACUCCAUCACUGGUGAAAGGCUUGGCAGAACACACACAAGGAGAUAAUACUGUUGCUGCCUGGAUGUUCCUGUCCCAAGUCUCUCACUUCUGCCCUCACCUGGACAAGGCCCUGGUCCUCUCGACCUGGCACGACCUGACCUCUGACCUCACAAACAGUUCAGUGAACUCUACAGCUCAAGGGUCAACGAAUUCUGAGAUCUUGACCAGUGUGCUUUCCGUCAUCGGGAGUCUGGCAAGCCACCUAGGGGAAGAUGAGAGGAAAGAUCUUGUGCAGGGGAUGGUUGAGAGGCUUGUUACUCAGAUGGACUCGCCAAACCUUAUGGGAGCUAUGGUAGAAACUGUGUAUAAGCUUUGCUGUGCCUGUGUCGGUGAGAACGAGACCGCCAACCCGCUCCUGGACCAAUCCUGCGACACGAUCCUCCAAGCCUGUGACUCGUACCUCUCCCAAAUCCUGCUCACCGAAGAUGCACCCCGACCGGACGAUGCCACGGAGGAGAAGCUCAUCGCCAGGAUCUUCCUGCUGGGCGAGAUAGCCCAGCUGUGUCCCUAUAGGAUGCCUCGGAGGGUCUUUACCCUGGUCCAGUCCCUCCUGGCAGGUCCAGGAGCUGCAAUCUCUGAAGGAUCUGAUCUACCUUCUUCUCAAGGUCUCACCCAGUUCUCCCAGCAGCCUCUCUCCCAGUUCCGCACCAACGGUUCCCCCGUAUCAAUGGCCGUCCGGGCCCAUGCCUUCGUAACCCUCGGCAAGCUGUGUCUCCACCACGAAGGCCUCGCUAAGCAGUGCAUCGCUGCCCUCGCCCGGGAGCUUGAGAUAGCGGACGACGCGGCUGUCCGGAAUAACGUCGCUUUGGUCAUGUGUGAUCUGUGCAUCAGGUACCCUAAUCUUGUUGAUCGCUACGUGCCUAAUCUAGCAGCCUGCUUGAAAGACAAGGAUAAACUGGUCAGGAAACAGACGCUGACUCAGCUCACCCAGCUAGUUCUGGAGGACUAUGUGAAGUGGAGAGGGCCCCUUUUCUUCCGCUUUGUUUCCGUCAUCGUAGACGAGGUGGAUACCGUGAGAGAUUUUGCUGAGUAUUGUUUGGUGGAACUCCUUUUGAAACGUCAUCCCGGGAUGCUGAUGCAGCAGUUUGUCGAGAGUGUUUUCCAUUUCAACAACUAUCGCAAACACUCUGUCUUCAAUCAAUUCACCCAAUCUGACCGAGAGAGGGAGCUCUUCAGUUUACAAGGAAGUGAGAACUCUGACAAGAGAAUGACCAUCUUCAAGUUUAUGCUCAAGCACAUGACGGAUGAACAUCGCUUCAAACUCACCGCUAAACUCAUACAAGAGGUUCUUGGAGCAUUUGUUGAUGGAGUUCUCCCUCUUGACAACGAGUCUAGCGGCAUCCUCCAAGAUACGCUGAAGAUUCUCUGUUGCAAGGAGAUCAAGCUAGCCUCCCUCCACUCCAAGCAAGCAAACCCUGAUGACAUCGUUGAGGAGAUGCAGAUGGCCGAAGCCGUCAUGGCCCAGGCGAAGACCAAACUCAUCUCCCAGGUCGUCAAGAAGAACGUCAUCGAGAACAUCAUCCCCGUUAUCAUCGCCCUCAAGCACAUGCUGGAGGAGAAGCAUUCUCCGCUGCUAGGUGACCUGAUGCUCUAUUUGAAGGAACUGAUGAAGGAGUAUCGCAAUGAAAUCAAAGACAUUCUUGCGGCCGAUCGUCAGCUGGCCUCGGAGAUCGAGUUUGACCUUCGCAAGUUUGAUGAACAGCAGGCGGAAGCCGCCAAGCAAGCCGUCCAGGAGAAAGACAAGGCCAAUACGCCAGGCAAGGCCGGAAAGGAGGCGCCCACGGCAGAAGGGGUGCAGAAACCAGCUACUCCAGGACUAACCAAGACACCACAGCUUCUUUCACCAAGGUCCGUGGCAGGCCGUUCGCCAAGGGUUGCUGGACAGAGCCCUAAGACACCGACAAGCAAGGUUGCCCCGACCAAAGAGAGACUCCUUGCUGCCCAGGCCAUAGUGAACUCUGCCCGGCGAGCCUUUGCGACCGCCAGGCGUGCCAACACCCCCGGGAGCAACACGCCUGGUGCCAACGCCAGCCCGAGGGUGCAGGGUGGCACCCCUCCACGGCCCCAAGCUGGAGGGGCGAGCGAUGGUACCCCUCCACCGCGUAGGCCCCAGGCUAGAAGGGGGAGUGAUGGUACCCCUCCACCGGCUAGGCCCCUACCUGGAGGGGCGAAAGAUGGAGUGGUGGAGGACGAGGGCGGGGCCAGUACGGGAAUCGAGGAGAGGGUACGACGUGUACGGGUCAGCGAGGACACCUCUCCGGAGUCCAGUCUGCGAUCGCCGCUCAGGGAGUCGUGUGAUCAGAAUACGUCAAAGGAGAGCGAGCCAGAUAUCCAACGAGCUAUCAGCACACCCGAUAAGACAAUUGCGAACAUAACUUUCCAAGCUCCAAUGGAUAUGAGCAUCAUUCCUCUCUCGUCCCCGAUCCCGACAUCACUACCGAUCAGGGUCUACAGUGACCAACGCCCUUCAAAAGGUACUAAGAGUUGGGUACCCCAGCUGGACUCGCAUGAAGAAAUUCAGAUCAAGAAAGAAAAUCUGGUUCUCAUGUUCUCACCAGAACAACCAGCUCCGAAACCUAGGCUCUGGAAUAUCACCUCGCCCCAGGUCGACCAGAAACCGGUUAGUCGUCGACCACCGGUUGAUUCCCAGCCGACAUCAUCGACCUCCUCUGACAAGGCGGAACCAGGAGGACGACGAAGUAGACGAAGAGGUCCUUCUGAAAAUGAACCUGAACCGGAGAGACGACGAAGCGGCCGGAUGAAAGCUCGCUAAGAAAAGCUUGACUGUGCGAUGGGAGUGGAAUAUUGAAUUUCUGCCGAAUAAUAGCAUUUUAUAAUUUCUUGAUAUAUAGAUAUUUUAUUUCAAAACCCAGUGUGUAUUGAGCUUUCCUGAAAAAUAGAUCAUAAUUCCAACAGCAGACUCAGAAAAAGAAGGGAAAUACAUGCAAUAUCCCUGCUAGAAAGAUUACAGGUGUGAUUCGCAUGGAGCCCCCUGUAAAUAUGAGGUUUGGAGCACAAUGUGAACAUGAUUUCACACUUUGGAGUCCUUGAUAGUGUGUGUGUUCAGUGUGUUCACAUAGUUCGCUAUGUGAAGAUGUGUCCCACAGUGUGAAAGUACUCAAAGUGGAACGUGUGAAGAAGUUUUCACACUCGACAUUGAGGGUUUAUAGCGUGUUCAAGUAGUGGACUUUGUGAAUAUGAGGUUCAUAAUGUUCAAUUUGAGCAUUCUAAUAGUGUGAAGGCAGUUUCACUCUGUUCCAUACUAUAAACACUCUGUCAUCGCGCUGUGUUCCACACUAAAUAUUCUGAUGAUACUUUGAACACACACUUUAAAUGCACCAUGAACACACUGAACAUACUGCACUCCACACUGUUCCUCUCUGAAUUUACCGUGAAAACAUUGUGAACACUAUGUGAACACACCAUGAGUACACUGUGAACACCCUGUGAACACACUGUGAAUACACUGAACAUUCUGUGAACACACUGAACACACCCUGAAUACACUGAACAUACGGUGGACACACUGUUAACAUACUGUGAACACACUGCAAACACACUGUGAACAUACCCUGAAAAAACACUAAAUAUACGGUGGACACACAAUAUACGGUGGACACACUGUUAGCACACUGUGAUCACACCGUGAGCACACUGUGAAUACACUGUAAACACACUGAACACACUGUAAACACACUGUUAACACACUGUGAACACACUGAAUACACUGUGGGACACUGUUCCAUCCAGCAGGGAUAACUGCAUAUUUUGUCUUCUGCUCAUUAUUAGAAUAGAAACAUAAUCAUUUCUUUCCUGGAUUUGAUAUUGUUGUGUACAUUUGUUGUUGGUGAAGAAAAAAAAAUGAAAAAACGUGUUGAUGUCAGAUCUAAAUGCAUUUUUCUUUUUGCCAGUAUUAAAGGGGAGUUUCACCCUGAGGAUAAGUUGGUUAAAAAAAAGACAAAUUAAAGAAAAAAAUAUUGGUGAAUGUUUGAUGGAAAGCCGUUAAAGAACAAUAGGGUUUAUGCAUGUUUAAAGUUUUGGUUUGUGGCAUCACAGACGAGCAGCUCCUCCACAUGUCGUGUGAUAUAAAUUCUCAAAAAUGCCAUUUUCUCAAGAAAUAGAAAGUUAUUUGAUUUAUUUGGUGGACAUAUCAUCAGACAUAUAUUAUCAUACCCCUCCAUUCCUAUGAAAAAAAAAAAAAUUAUUACAUGAUAUAUGGGAGAGCUGCUCACAUAAUUAUGAUGUCUCAAAUUGAAAACGUAAAAAAUUCUUAUCCCUCUUAUUCGAUGCAUUUUUAUUCAAACCUCUGCCAAUAUUAAUUUUACAAAAAUCAUUUUGUAUUAAAGCCAACUUAUCAUCAAAAUGAACUUCCCCGGCACAAUUAAGGCACAAAAAGAACUUGUGUACAGUUCAUGAUGUUUACAUUUAUUGAAAUGAAAUAUCUAGAUAAUAUGUCAAUAACAAGAAUAUUAUGGUAAUUCUAGUGACGGCACUCGAAGAUUCUCCUUCUUGCAUUGAGUAUAAGAAAUGCCGUUUUCUGCUCUCAAAUGUAUAUUUAUAAUGUGUUAUCUAUAUUAUUUUCUCUGAUUGGAGUCCUGUGGCCUGUCUGACAAAAAAAUUCUACAUAUGAACGUGUAUCCAUAAAUUCAUUGAUUUCUUGACAAUUUGGUGUGUUUGCCUUUGUUUACAAUGGACAUUUUGCAAAUUUCCUGUAGAAAAAACUGAUACUGAUGGAUUUCCAUACAGCUACGAUUGAUUGGAUCAAUCGUAACUCUUUGUAAGACAGUGCCCAGGGGAGCAUUUCAUGAAAAGUUUUUAUCAGUUCAAAUCACUGACUAAUUUGAUCUCAGCCAAUCAGAUGCAAGGAUUUCAGUAGCUUAUAACAAUAGUCAGUGACAGUUUGUUUCAUGAAAUGCACACCUGAAGCCAACCCCUAAUUUGUGGUAGGUCAAGACUUUAGUCAUGCUGGUUGAACUUGCGCUCUAGACCAAACAAUCCUGUACAUGUACAUCGUAAGAUUAAUCAAAAUCACUG